UAUGUCACCAGGAGAUUCCAACUACGAAAGCAAAGACCCAAGAAAUGUAGUCCGCGGCUACAAAGCAACACUAAAUAAUCCUAGGGUAUCCGACGAAGCCAAACAACAUGCUGAGCAACAAAUAGAUGAAAUUGGAUCGCAGGGGCAAACGACACUAGGAAAAUCGAGCGAGCUACAGCAAGAUGAGGCCAGAACUGCAAGAGAAACAGACGCCAAGAGGCAAAUAAAUGCCACGCCCGAAGGGAUCGACGAAAACUUGGAUGAACAGGAGGAGCCGCUGUUUGUCAAAGGAGAAGAACAAGAAGUUGCCGAAGAAGACGAAGCGGAUGAAGCAUAUGACGAAGAUGCGGCCAGAGUAUAAGAAUUUUUCUCGGCGACUGAAUAAAAACGAUGCUUGCGUUGUUUUGUC